UGACUUCCUCCAAUCGCCGGCCUGUUCUGUAAAAUAUAAAAAUGGCGGCCCUGUGCAGUGAGUUCGGGGACUUGACACAAAUAAAAAAACAGCUAAUAUCAGUUAUUUCGCUUUGUAAAGAAAGAGGACUUUUUCACAGCGCCAAGUGGGCUUCUGAAUUGGCGUUUGCUUUGGAGCCUCUUCCCAAGGAUGAUUUACCUCCAUCAGCCCCUUUCACUGAGGAAGAUGCACAGGACCUGGACGCACUUACACUGGCCAAAUCGUACUUCGACCUGAAAGAGUACGACCGAGCUGCGUACUUUCUGAGGGGCUGCUGCAGUCAGAAGGCGUAUUUUCUCUAUAUGUAUUCUCGUUAUCUGUCAGGAGAGAAAAAGAAGGAUGACGAAACGGUGGACAGCUUAGGUCCUCUGGAAAAGGGACAGGUCCGCAAUGAAGCUUUGCGAGAGCUGAGAGUGGAGCUCAGCAAGAAGCAUUCUGCAGGAGAGUUGGACGGCUUCACCCUCUAUCUGUACGGGGUGGUCCUACGGAAGCUUGAUUUGCUGAAGGAGGCAGUGGGCGUGUUCGUUGAGGCGAUUCAUGCACUUCCUCUUCACUGGGGAGCAUGGCUGGAGCUCAGUAACCUUGUCACAAAUAUUGAAAUGCUGAAGUCACUAUCUCUACCAGACUGCUGGAUCAAAGACUUCUUCGUGGCCCACAUGUACACCGAGCUGCAGAUGAUUAAAGAGGCAUUGCAGAAAUACCAGAAUCUCAUCGAGGCCGGCUUUUCCAAGAGCACCUACAUCAUCUCACAGAUUGCUGUUGCCUACCACAACAUCAGAGACAUUGACCAAGCCUUGGCGCUGUUCAACGAGCUGAGGGAACAGGAUCCGUAUCGCAUCGACAACAUGGACACCUUCUCCAACCUGCUUUAUGUCAAAAGCAUGAAACCAGAGCUGAGCUACCUGGCCCACAACCUGGUAGAGAUAGACAAGUACAGAGUGGAGACGUGCUGCGUUAUCGGUAACUACUACAGCUUACGUUCUCAACACGAGAAAGCAGCUCUGUACUUCCAGCGGGCCCUGAAGCUGAACCCUCGCUGCCUCGGGGCCUGGACCCUCAUGGGUCACGAGUACAUGGAGAUGAAGAACACUUCAGCAGCCAUUCAGGCCUACAGGCAUGCCAUAGAAGUGAACAAGCGGGACUACCGUGCCUGGUAUGGCCUGGGUCAGACGUACGAGAUCCUCAAGAUGCCUUUUUACUGUUUGUACUAUUACAGGAAGGCUCACCAGCUCAGACCCAAUGACUCGCGCAUGUUGGUCGCUUUGGGCGAAAGCUACGAGAAACUGUCUCAGCAAGUCGAAGCCAAGAAGUGCUACUGGAGGGCGUACUCUGUGGGGGAUGUGGAAAAAAUGGCUCUACUCAAGCUAGCAAAGUUACACGAGCAGCUGAGCGAGGCGGAUGAUGCCGCCCAGUGUUACAUGCUUUACAUUCAGGACAUCUUCUCAUGUGGGGAGCAACUUGAACACGCGGAGGUGAGCACAGCUCUACGCUACCUGGGUCAGUACUACUUCAAAAACAAGCUUUAUGACGAGGCGUCCAUCUGCGCUCAGCGUUGCUGUGACUACAACGACGCCCGUGAAGAGGGAAAGGCUCUGUUGAGGCAGAUCUCACAGGUCCGAGAUCAGGUGGAGACGCCAUCAGCCGAUCUGUUCACUCCACUCUCUAACAACAACACACCGGUCAGGAGAGUGUCUCCUCUGAACCUGAUCUCCUUCACACCGUGAUUUUCUCCGACUUCUAACACGGACACUUUCAUUUUGUCACGCGCUACACGGGCGCCUGCUGGGUUUCAUCUGAAAAUGUUUCUGGAAAAGAUUUACCUGAAAUAAAUUGUAUUUGUCUGUAAAA